AUGAGCCCACGAUCCCUUCACCCCAGCGAGCAGCUUCUCCACUCAGUGGACCAUUCAUUCUCGGCCUCCAACCACAACGGGUGCUCCCACGCUUUGAAGCACGAGCAAGAAGCAGCCCGGUUGCCCCGCUCGCCCGCGCGGCUUCACCUAUCAGAGGCCGCGUCCCGGGAGCUGCAGGGGGGCCGGCGAGAGCCCCUUACCUGCGUGGGCCCAGCCACCGGGGCUGCUGCCGCCGCCACUCGCGAGCUCCUAGAGCCACCGGGACGCGGCGGGGGCCGGGGCAUCGCCCGGGGCAGCGCGACUUCCUCGGCCCCGCCUCCCGCCGGCCCCGCCUUCGCGCCCGCCCCCGCCGGCCCCGCCUUCGCGCCCGCCCCCGCCGGCCCCGCCUCCGGAGCGGGAAGGCGGCCGAGCACCGCCCCGAAGCCCCAGCCCUGGCGUCCCGGCGCCGGCGCCGCGCGGAGGAGGUCCGCGGGCUGCGGCAAGGAGCCUCCGCCGCCGGCUUCUGGCUCGGUGAAGAGCAAGCGAUUACGUUUAUCUCCUUCGUCUGAGUUGACUUACAGGAAGAAGAAAAUGUGUCCCAAAAGUCUGGUUAAGGGAGUUGAGAUUCCUUCCUUGUAG